AUGGCUGUCUGCAAUUUUUCCGGGGUGCUACAAGGCCCAGAGUGUCGGAAAACCUUUAGCAACAAUCCAUUGUUGAUGGAACGUAAUGCCUAUUACUGCUCUGGUCUUGUUACUGGAAUGUCACUUCAACAGGGGGAUCCAGGACUACGCUGUCUUUCACCUUUGCUGUUUGACUAUUUUGUAGCUGGGCCAUCUUCGUCCAGGCCAAUACCACUGGAUGUGGCAGACCAUGACAUGAGAAAGAAAAUUGAAAAGGUACAACUGGCAGACACGCAUCUACAUGAGUUAAUGAUAACUCGUAAAAUGAAUAGAAAUAAAAACGUUAGCGAGAGACUUUAAAAAAGGGAAAAAAAUUGACGCAGUAUCAACCUAACUGAAUUUUAAUUUCAGGAAUUGCAGAAAUUUUAAAAUAAACCCUCUUCAAGCUUAUUUGUUUUGUGUCAAUUGCGGAGACUUAUUGGAGACGUAUUAUCAGGGCAUCUCAUCAAUCCAAGUCCUUUAACACGGGAUGCCUGUUUUUGCCACUUUAUUUUUAGCGCAAACCCUCCCGCAGCUAUCAGGCUGCACUUUUUGUUUUGCAGAUAUCUGAAGCUGUCAAUAAGAACCAAUUUGAUCGAGCAGUAAGGGAGGAGUCGCAAUUCAUUAUCGAGUGUGGAAUUAGUAAAAUUAACUGGGAUUUUAGUGAAAAGAGCGAACUAGAGCUAUUACUGUGUAAAAUUUAG